AUGACAGAACAGGUGGAGAAGCCCCGGCCAGCGCUGAACAAGCCAUACAGCAUCUACACUAAGCGCGAGAAAUGGACUAUCGUCGCUAUAGCUGCCGUAGCGGGACUAUUCAGUCCUCUGACCUCUCAAGUUUACUUUCCAGCGCUGCCCACGCUUGUGCAGGCUUUUCACACGUCUACGGAGAGGAUAAACUUAACAGUGACUAUGUACAUAGUGCUGCAAGGUAUAGCACCCAUGUUCUGGGGGACACUGGCCGACCGCUGGGGAAGGAGGCCAAUGUUUAUGGCCUGCUUGCUUGUGCUGUCCCUCUCCUGCGUCGGACUCGCCCUCGUGCCAACAAACGCAUACUGGUUGCUCAUGGUCUUGCGAUGCGUGCAGGCCGCUGGCUCUGCUAGUACGACUGCACUCGGCGCGGGCGUCAUCGCAGAUAUCACUGACCGUGCUGAGCGCGGGCACUUCUUCGGCUUGUAUAGCAUAGGUCCUCUGGUUGGACCAUGUCUCGGCCCCGUCAUUGGUGGUGCCCUUGCGCAAGGCCUGGGCUGGAGGUCAAUCUUCUGGUUCCUGUGCAUCGGCUCGUCAAUUUGUCUCGUUAUCAUGUUCUUGAUUCUGCCGGAAACGCUGCGCUCGCUCGUCGGAGAUGGCAGCAUCAUACCCCCUCCUAUUUACCGCCCCCUUCUUCCCAUCAUCGGCCGCGAUAGGAUAGGCGGGAGCGACGACGACGUCGAACGCCCGCCGAAAGCCAAGUUCCGAAACCCGUUCCGUAUUCUGUUCUACCCGGACGUGUUUAUCCUGCUCAUCUUCACCGGCUUUCUGAACGCGCUCUUCUACGCAAUGACUGCCUCGAUCUCGACACUCUUCAGCGUUACGUACCCUUAUUUGUCCGAGACGACUAUUGGCCUGUGCUUCCUCGCCAUCGGCGGCGGCAUGCUCGCCGGCAGCUUGGUCAACGGCCGCGUGCUCGACCUCGAAUACCGCCGUGUGCAGCGCAAUCUCGAGCGGCGCGCACGCGAGGACCCCGAAUACGAUGUGCCACUCGAGGAUGUUACGAAGGACGAGCACUUCCCGAUUGAAUACGCUCGCUUCCGGACAAUGCCCGUCUACUUCGUCAUCUGCGUUUCCGUAGCGAUCGGCUACGGGUGGGCACUGCAGAGCAAGGUUAACAUCGCGGUGCCGCUCAUCCUGCAGAUCAUCUUCGGAUACGCUGCCAUCUGCAUUAUGAAUACUGCGCAGACACUCCUCGUCGACCUGGUCCCCGGCCAGGGCUCUUCUAUCGGCGCCUGCAACAACCUGGUGCGCUGUGCCCUGGCGGCGGUCGCCGUGUCCGUAAUUGACGUCAUGAUCAAUGCGAUGGGCGUCGGCUGGACGUUUGUCGUGCUCGCCGGUCUUUGCAUCGCCACGAGCCCGUUGAUGUUCGUGAUCAUGCUCAUUGGACCCAAGUUCAGAGCCAAGCGGAGGCUUCGGCAAGCUCAGAAGCAGUCUGAGAAGCAGUCUGAGAAGCAGUCUCAAUAGCUUCCUUGGUAUCUAUUGAAGUAUUUAUCUUCAUAAUUUUGCCUUGGUAAUAGUGGCAGAUGGACUCUCGGGCGAUUUCUGCGACGUUUAUACUGCAGUUUCACAUGUAGUCUUGGGGUAAGCACAGCUGGAGUCUGGGCGCCUCGACUUCCAAUCUACCCA